ACAGUCAGACCACGUAGUUGGUAUAUCAACAUUUUAACUUCUUAAAACCGUUCUAUCGUGUAUUUAAGUAAAUGCACUUUAUAAAUAGAACAUAAUGAAGUCUGUUCAAUUUCUUUUCGUUUCAUGUCUACUGCUAUCAGUAUUUUUAGGUGAAACCGUUUGCGACGCUUACGAUUUUGGUGAUAUUCUUAUUUUUGAUGACAACACUCAAGAGCCUGAUAGAGGGGAGAUGAAUGCAUUGUUGUAUAAUGGAAAUAAUUUCGACCUAGGAGUGGGCAGAGUUGUAGAAAUUAUGAAACCAUCGCACAAACGUUACAAAGAUUUUGUAAAACUUGCCGGCCCAGACGGAAGGUUUAGCAAUAUAGAAGCUGUAAAUAUAUAUUAUGUUGUUAGCCUGAACACUAAAAUGCAGGAACAAAACGGAAAAUUAAUCAAACUUAUAAACAAUUUUAAUUUUGAUGAAGAAUAUUGAGGAUUUGAUUGAAUUAACAAUUGUUUUAUCAAUUAAAUAAUAUGUACUAUCAUUGUAACCAAGUGAUUUAAUUAAAUUAUUUACAUUUAUUUGUUUGAUUAUAUUAAUUUAAAAAAAGUCGUUUUUUAUUCAGAAAAAAAUGUAAUUUAAAAU